CGCCUGAACAUCCCAGAAAGGACGCGAAUAAUGCUCCUAGGCAUAUAAUGCUGUGUGUCGUAAGAGAAUGCGCCUAUAUAUCUGUCCGAGUUGGGCCUCUGCUUCCUAUGUGGUACGUGAAAGCUCACUCGCAGCUAAAUUAGUACCACUCAAAACACCGCAUUCCUCUCUCUGUUUUUCUCAUUCUCCAAAAACAAUGGCUGACAAUGAUUCUCUUGCCCAGUUCUUGGCCUCUGCUGUUGAUGCUGCCAAGAAAGCUGGACAGCUAAUUCGAAAGGGGUUCUACGAGAUCAAACAUGUGGAGCAUAAAGGCCAGGUGGAUUUGGUCACAGAAACUGAUAAGGCAUGUGAAGAUCUCAUAUUUACCCAUCUCAAGCAGCUUUAUCCAACACAUAAGUUCAUUGGUGAAGAAACUACUGCUGCUUGUGGUGUAACGGAGCUGACUGAUGACCCAACAUGGAUAGUGGAUCCCCUGGAUGGCACUACUAACUUUGUCCAUGGGUUCCCUUUUGUCUGUGUCUCGAUUGGUCUUACUAUUGGAAAGAUUCCAACAAUUGGUGUUGUUUAUAAUCCAAUCAUUGAUGAGCUUUUUACUGGUAUCCAUGGAGGAGGUGCAUUUCUCAAUGAGAAACCUAUCAAAGCUUCGUCUCAAAGUGAACUUGUGAAGUCUCUCCUUGCAACUGAGGCUGGAACAAAACGUGAUAGUUUAACUGUCGAUGCUACUACGGGGAGACUAAAUAGCUUACUUUACAAGGUGAGAUCGCUCCGAAUGACUGGCUCCUGUGCACUGAACCUCUGUGGAAUUGCAUGUGGGAGGCUUGAUCUUUUUUAUGAACUCGGCUUUGGGGGUCCUUGGGAUGUGGCAGGUGGUGCUGUGAUUGUUACGGAAGCUGGAGGAUCUGUGUUUGAUCCAUCUGGUAAGGACUUUGACAUCACAUCGCAAAGAGUAGCAGCAUCAAAUCCUCUGCUUAAGGAUGCCUUUGUUAAGGCCUUGCAGGAAUGAGAAUGAGAUGGCUUGUAUCACAAUAUCAUCUAAAGUAAUGUUCACAAGCUCCAAUCUCAUGCCUUGUUCACAUCUCUGCAUAGAUAAUAUUGAAUUAUAUUUUGGGCCGAGUCAAUGCCCAAUUUGUUGUUGAAGAUAUUGAGCUAAAAUAUGGUUGGUAAUCUACUUUAUAUAACUGCAUGCUAGUUCUUGCUUUAUAA